AUGAGUAGGAAAAUUCUAGAGAAGCUUUGCCAAGAAAUACGAGAAUCAGAAUGCUUCGCUUUGAUUGUGGAUGGUACACAGGAUAUCUCUGGUACAGACCAACACUCUAUCUGCAUACGAUUUACUGAUGAGCAUCUACAAGCGCGAGAAGAAUUUUUAGGGUUCUACGAAGUAAAAGAGACGACUGGCCAAGAGAUUGUCGAUGUCAUUUUAAAAAUUUUAAAAAAACUUGAACUUCCGACAGAUAGUUUACGUUGGCAAACGUAUGAUGGUGCAGCAAAUAUGUCCGGCAUUUAUAAAGCCGUUCAAGCAAUUAUAAAAGAGUCGCAGCCUCUCUCUGAUUACGUCCACUCCACUGCGCAUGCCUCUAAUUUAGCUGCACAGACAGUAGCCAGUAGCAGUCCCUUAUCGUCAUCGGCGUUAGAUGCAGUUAAUGAAUUGGGAAAUUUGGUCUCGAGAAGUGGCAAGUUAAAAACUAUUAUGAAAGAUAUUACAUCUUCUUCAAGUGAUCCACAACUUAAAUUAAUUAAACCGUUAUGUCCGACACGUUGGCUGGCGAGAGUAAAUCCAGCCUGCGCUACACUAUCACAGCUUCAAGUUGUUCUUGAUUCUCUCGAAGCAAUAAAAAAAGACAAUGUGACGGCAGCAGGAUUAAUUGAAAAAUUAACAAAAGGAAACACUGUACUUGGAUUAUUGAUGUCUAUUGAUAUUUUUUCACAAUUGGAAAUUUUAAAUAAGACGUUGCAGGGCAAGUAUGAGACCGUUUCAGGGGCACUCAAAGCUACAGAGUUAGUUAUUAAGGGCUUGGAAGAAAAACGCACAGAUACAUCAUUCCAAAAAAUUUUCUCAGAUGCGGAUAAAUUGAUCGAGGAUUUGAAUUUAGAACCCAUAUCACAGCCUAGACAACGCUGCCCACCUAAACGACUGACAGGAAAUGCAGAAAAUUAUUUUGAUUCGUCACCUGUUGAGUAUUAUAAAAGGCAGUAUUUUUCUAUGAUUGACACUACGACGACAUAA